GUUUUCAUCAAUAGAGGCACCUGUCUGUGGAGAGUGAGCAUAGAAACUGCAACAGAAACUAAAAUGUUCUGGAUUUUGACUAUUUGCCUAACCAUAGGACUCAGCAAUGCUUAUAUUCCUAUGGGAGAAUGCAAUGUUCCAGCAGGAGCAAGAGAAAAUUGUGGCUAUCCUGGCAUCAGUGAAAUUGAAUGCAAUGCUAGACAAUGCUGCUUUGAUUCAAAUGUGUUUAAUGUCCCCUGGUGCUUCAAGCCUGCUUCAAUAGAUGGUCACUCACCUACCAUAAACAUCAAAGGUCUACAUCCCUGUAAAAGGGGCUGGCGGGGAAAUAUAUGUGUGGCCACCCUUGAGCAGCAUACUCUGUACAUGCUUUUAGGAGAUAAACUUCUAUCUCUGCUCAAGCAACUGCCCGUGUUUCUUCAUUCCUGGCUCGGGACGAACCCUUGGAACAUUGAAAAGAACAGACUGGAUAAAAGAAUGGAGUAUAAGACCUACUUGGUACUGGCUAUUGCCUUGUGUUUAGGAUCUGUCUGCCCUCAAAAAUGUAGUCGUCCACCAUAUGCCUGCCAAUGUCUAAUGGAAGUCAAUGAAAGAGAGAGAUGUGAAUCUUCUGAAGGCAUUACUGCAGAGCAGUGCACGGCAAAUGGAUGCUGCUUUGAUGCAUCAAUGCCUGGUGUCCCGUGGUGCUUCAAACCAUCAGGUUCAAGAGUUUCACUAAACUAUGCAAGGAAAAUGAUUCCACCACAAGAAAGAAAGGACUGUGGCUAUCAAGGGAUCUCACCCAAAAGGUGCAAACGAUUUGGAUGCUGCUUUGAUCGAGAGGCAUCUGGUGCACCAACAUGUUUCCAUCCUCCAGUAAAUGAUGCUUCUCAACACUGUGUAAUGGAUAGGAGCGCAAGGCAAGAGUGUGGUUACCCAGGCAUCACUGCUGAGGAAUGCCAAGCAAGGGGAUGUUGCUUCAAUUCAUAUGUCAUUAGUACCCGGUGGUGCUUUCAUCCUCUGUCUGACACAGUACCUGCUAGGAUAUGUGGAAUGGCACCCAACAGAAGAGUACCAUGUGGGACUCCUGGCAUCUCUGCUGAUGAAUGCAUGGAGAAAGGAUGCUGCUAUGAACAUUACCAGUAUGCCAAAACAGUCCCCUGGUGUUUCAAACCUUAUGAAAAACAAGGAAAUUAUUCUCUCUCGGAAUGCCGGUGUGAUGUUGAUCCCCAGAAACGAUUUAACUGUGGAUCUCCUGGAAUCACUCCUCAACAAUGCAGAAAUUCAGGAUGUUGCUUCAGUUCAGCAGUGCCGGAAGUCCCUUGGUGCUUUAAACCAGCCCCUCCAAAAUAUAAAAAGGUAUGUCCUACAGAUGUGAAACUCCGGAAGAACUGUGGAUACCCAGGAAUCCCUGCUGAUGAAUGUGCAAAGAGAGGGUGCUGUUUUGAGAGCAAACCACCUGGUGUCCCAUGGUGCUUUUUUCAUAUCAGCGUGGAAGAGGAGUGUUAAAAUGAUGCUUCAGAAAGGAACUUUCACAACGAGCAUGCUAUUGAUAGAACUAUUCAAUCAAAAUGUUAUCCCAUGUGCUGUAGUAAUUUUGGUUUCCAUGAUACAUUAAUGCAUCUUUAUAGUAAACAGUUAAUUACAGAUUUUGUUUCAGUAUGUCACUUCUUUACAACUGCUAAAGUCAAUCAUGAUUUUAAAAAAGCAAUGUAUUUAUGUUUAUAAUUCAUUGUACAUCUGCUUCUUGUGCUAAUAUCCAUGUAGUAGCCUACAGAUGAGACCUUAAACUUUUGUAACUGAAA